GAUCUUCAACCUGGUAAUCCUUCCCAACAUCGUAAAUAAUGAUCGAAGGAUUAACUCUCUUUGGCUUCUCUGUUCUUAAACCUACUUUAUUAAAUUCAACUUUAGUAACUCCACAUCUUGCUUAUUAUCGACUUCAAUGAUUAUACCACUUUGAUUCAUUUGCCUUAUUCUCUUAACCUUAAUUUUGUUUCUAAUAGCUCCAAGCUGAUUUAUAAUAGUCUUCUUUAUUUCCACAUUACUCCUUUGAUCUUUGUCUCCUUCUGGUUUGACUAAAAUUAUUUCUGAUGUUUCCUUACUAAUUUUUCUUUUUCUGUUACAGGACCAUAGGACCAGGCCAUGAGGGACCCGCAGCGGCAACCUGAGAAUAGGACAUCGCAGGACUCCUCUGACAUAUCUGAUAAGUAUUCAACAGCUUUUCUCUCUCAGAGAUUUCUUCUUGCAGUUUACCUUCUAGGACCAUCUACUUUGAAAGAAUGUACUUUAUGGCACUUUUAGAAAUUUUAUUGUUUUCAUUAAAGAGAAAUUAUUCCAAUUUGACUCUUUCAGCUCGGACAUUAUCACUACAAUACUUGAACUUAUUGCCUCUGGCUCAUGAGUCGUCUCGUAGUUGUACUAAAUUCGUCAAUAUUAAUCUCGGAUAGCACAGCAUCAGAGAGCGGCUAUCGAUCUGGAUUAUCGCUAGCUGGAAGAGUAAAAAUAUUCAUCAGUAUCCACAACUUCAGAAUUUCUUCAUAUUGUUCCCACGAGAGUGGUGGGUCAAAAGGUCAGGGGAUUAACCCCCGCCGGCAUGGCUUCAAGGAUCAUCGAGGCUCGCAAGUCCCACCACGACAAGGUGAUGCACCACGGGAGAGAGUAGAUAGGGACAGUGGAAAUAUUAAUCCAUUCAUGCGCGUCACUAAUUACAUGACGAGGCAUUUGGCUACCUUAAGAGAGUCAUAGUUGCAACCGUAUCAAAAAUCUGGGGGGUGGUUAGCCCUUCAGUAAUACCGGGAUGUCGUGCGGCUACUUCGCGCGAGUACUUCCCUUCGCUAGAAUCGGGGUCCAAACUUGGGAUUUCCCCCUUACAGAGUACAUACCCAAAGAUUACGUAUACCAGGACCAUCAGAUCCUUCAGACAUAGGCGAAUGGCCGUGCGCGCCACGUCAUGCGAAAGCAACACCCCGCGAGCGGACUUUAACGUUUGCGAAAGUAACACGCCGCCAGCGAAUUUUAACGUGUACGAAAGCAACACACUGCAAGCAGAUUUUAACGCACGACCGGCCGUGCGUGCCACGUCGUGCGAAAGCAAUACGCUGCGAGCGGACUUUAACAUGUGUGAAAGCGACACGCCGCGAACGGAUUUUAACGCACGAAUGACCGUACACGCCACGUCGUACGAAAGCAACACGCCGCGCGCUUUAUCAUGCGAUUACAUCGGAAGUACCACUGAGAGCGAAAGCAAUACGCCGGGAGCGGACUUUGAACUGUGCGAAAGUGGCAUGCUGCUCACGGAUUUAUGUAGUGCUUGUCCGCCGGAGACACAAUUAACGCAUUAAUCAUUUUGUUACUCCAGUUUCAUAGUGGUAAAUAUUUAAAAUAUCAACACUUUUAUAAUUGCAUAGUAAAAUAUAACAUUACAAUAUAAAUAUUAUGUGUUUCGUUAUAUGAGCUUAAAAGUUAACGCAAUUUUAAUAACUUACAAUUUUGUAUCUUAUAAUACAGAAGCAAUAGAAGCAUUCGCACGAAAUGUUCCAAUGCGUGUCCCGUUACUAGAGGCACCAUCCAUGCAUGAAUGUUUUAGAAAUAAAGAUAUAUAUAUAUAUAUACAGACCGCGACAAUGCUUUAUCCACAAACCAAGCCAGAUAUCAAUGACGAAUGUCAGUUUAUUUAUUAAUACGACAGUUAUUUAAUGCGUUGCCUGUCUGUCGAAGGUAUCGCCGAGAACGAAAGCAACACGCAGCGCGCGAGCUUAUGUAGUGCCUGUUCGCAGGAGGCGCGAUUAACGUAUUAAUCAUUCUUGUGCUAUAGUUUUAUAAUCAUGUGUAACGGAACAUAUGUAAAAGCUCCAUUACUAGCGCACGGUCCACUCCAUUCGGAGCCGUCCGAACAUUCCUGACUCCAAUCGAGCGAACGCACGCGCGCUGCUGAUCUGUCACGCACCGACGGCAUGACAGAUCAGCUGUUUUUAAACUAUAUUAACAAAUCGCGUGUUGACGCGUUAGCACACAGGUAUAUAAUAGAUAUAUAAACCCGGCGAUUUUUGCGGAAAAGAAUCAGACUUGUCCGAUCAUCCAACUCGUUUGCUUCCGAUCCGAUAUGAACAACGCAAGAAUAUUCUCGCACCGAGCGUUCUCAGUAUUCACGUUCUAUCCUUUCACGAAAAAUCGGAGUGUUCUCGGGUUUUACUCCUGCAGGAUAUCGGGCGCUUGCGGUAUCCUUAUCUCCUCUCCCGUGAAGAGUGGAGUCGGAGCGAUCUCGGACCUUUUCUUUAACAUACGCGAAAAUACAUGUCGCGAAAGCGUCUGCGGUUGCUUAACAACCCGUGCGUCCAAACCUGUUUGACAACACGCGGGCCCGGUUGCCUAGCAACGCGUUGCGUACCCGAUCCACGCGCUAUUCCGCGAAUAUACUGCGUCGCAUUCACUGCCCGACUGCGCCGCGAAAAUCUCAAAUACAACGAAUACAGCGAAUAUUAUCAAAGGCUACUCGAACGACGUGGCACUAUAGAGAUACUUUGUAUUCACUAAACUAUCAACUUUUAAAUUAAAGUAAAUCUAAUUAUUUUAUUGUAAAUUCAACCCAGGCGUGCAUGGCCGUUCUUAGUUGGUGGAGCGAUUUGUCUGGUUAAUUCCGAUAACGAACGAGACUCUAGCCUGCU